AUGUCGGUCCAGACUCUUAAUCAGACAUUCAGUUACCACUUGCAGAUUGCCAGUUUUGACAUCCCUACCCCAAUGACCUACCCUGUGUUCAUCAUGGGUCUCCUGCUCUAUCUGUUCUCUGUUUUCUGUAACCUGACCAUCAUGCUGUUGAUCAUCACACAGCAGACUCUCCACAAGCCCAUGUUUUACAUCCUCUUCAGUCUCCCCCUGAAUGACCUGGUAGGAAUCAGCUCUAUGCUACCCAGGGUGUUGUCAGACAUCGUGACACAGACUCACUCUGUGUACUACCCUACAUGUGUUUUUCAAGCUUUUCUUUGCCACCUGUACGGGGGUGGUGUGCUUUUUGUACUUGCAGCGAUGUCAAUUGAUAGAUAUUUUGCCAUUUGCAAACCACUGCAAUACCACUCGAUCAUGACACCUUUUACACUAUGUGUCAUUAUAUCGGCUGCUUGGGGCCUGGACAUGGCCAUGAUAUUGACCCUGUUUGCUCUUCAGUCCCGAGUUAAGAGGUGCAAGGCUUACAUACUAAAUAUCUACUGUGACAACCCCUCUCUACUUCGCCUCUCAUGUGAUGACACACAUAUAAACAACUGCUAUGGUUUGUUUAUAACAGCUGUCUUUCAGGAUGUAACGUUGAUAGUGGUUAUAUGUACAUAUAUCCUGAUCCAGCUCACCUGUUUUGUGAAUAAGUCGACCGAUGCCCGGAGCAAGGCCAGUCAGACAUGUGGUACACAUCUGGUAGUGUUGUUAUUCUUAGAGUUCAAUGCCUGCUUUAGCCUUGAUCUCAUUGAUUUUAUCAAUCAGCUCCAUCUCUGA